UUUGCACCUUGUUCUCAUCUUCACUGAUUCUACUCCCAGACCAAAGCUAGUUUAGAGAGAGAAGUUAGAGAGAGAUGAAACUCCGGCACGCAAUGGUGUGUUCGUCGAACCAGAACAGGAGUAUGGAGGCGCACGCUGUGUUGAAGAGAGAAGGGUUCGACGUGGCAUCGUACGGCACAGGGCAACACGUUAAGCUACCUGGUCCCUCCCUCAGAGAACCCAACGUCUACGAUUUCGGCACACCUUACAAGCACAUGUUCGAAGACCUUCGCCGCAAAGACACCGAAUUGUAUCGGCGAAACGGGAUACUGCCAAUGCUGAAGAGGAACUUAGGAGUUAAACUUGCACCUCAGCGUUGGCAGGAUAAUGCAGCUGAUGGUACAUUUGACGUGGUGCUUACGUUUGAAGAAAAGGUUUUUGAUGCGGUUAUUGAAGAUUUACAUAAUCGUAACCAUGUGCUCUUGAAGCCAGUUUUAGUCAUAAACUUGGAAGUAAAAGAUAACCAUGAGGAGGCAGCUAUAGGGGGUCGGCUCGCUCUACAGCUCUGCCAAGAGAUCGAGAACACUGAAAACUGGGAGGAUUCUGUCGAUGAUGUCAUCAUGAACUUCGAGAGGCAAAACCACAGGAAGCUUGUGUACAGCAUCUCUUACUAUUGAUGUCAGCAUUUGUAGCGUGGCCGGGAAUUUUCUCGACCCUGCAAAUUUGAACCAAUGAGGGGCCACCCCACCCAUAGACUAGUUAAUUUCCAUGUAUUUUAGUAUUGCCGCCCCCUUAGAAAAUUUCUUACGUAUAUUUCCUUCCCCCCGGGAAUACAAAAAUCCCAUUGGUACCGACUAUUGAUGGGUGUGAGAUGAGAUUAUGGAGCUUUCAGGAAAGCCUUCUAAUGUAACUAUACAUUUCUAAAUUUACGUGUUCGGCUGUCAUUUAAACAUAACAUUCUUCGGUUUACAUGUUUGUGUUUCAGUUUAUGCAUCAAAAUUGAA